AUGGCAAACGGAGAUGUAGAUAUCGUUGUUGAAGACGUACAAGGUCUUUUUGAUUCUGUACAUAGUUCACCAUCUGCUUUUCCACUAAUUCCAAUAUUUAUUGAUAUGGUUCCUAGUGGACGCCGAGAUAUCAGCCCAACUUCUUUCGACCCUCGGGUGGUCUCUAUUGGACCUCUUCACAGAGAAGACAAAACUCUACAAGCAUUUGAACACCAGAAACUGAUGCAUGCCUCUGAUCUAUUGAAUUCUCCUCGUCGCUCAUCCAAUCAGACGCUAAAAGAAUGUGUGCAGAAAGUGCUUGCAACAACAGCCCGAAUCAGGGCAUGUUAUGACAAUAUAAAGAUCGAAAAAUACAAUGAUAAUGAACUUGCCAAAAUGAUGGUUAUCGACGCUUGUUUCAUACUCCAAUUCAUUCGUGUGCUUACAAACUCCAGCGAUGAAGCAGUAGCCUUCGUGCGUGCCUCAUCUAUAAUUUAUGACCUCAUGCUGUUCGAAAACCAGAUCCCUUUCUUUAUUCUACAAGACAUCUUUGACUCCACCAUUUUGACAUCUGAACCAAAAGCAUAUCUUGCUGGCCUCAUCCUCCACCUUGUACAAUUUUUCAACAUUUUUGAAACAAACAUACCAGUUCGAUGUAGUUACCCUAUAGAACCUGAUGAUCAUAUUCUUGGCUUUCUUGAAAAAUGUUGCCGGCCAUCAAAAGAAUAUUCUCCUUUACAAGGAUUACCAAGUGUAGCAAUGCACACGACUGUAGAACUGGAGAGGGCAGGUGUGAUCUUUAAGCCUAAUAUAGAUGCAAGAUGGGCAAUGACAAUUAACUUUCAAUCAUCUACGGCGUUUAACUGCUUUUCAUGGAGUCAGGAUAAGCCUACUCUCAGAAUGCCAGUAUUGCGUAUUGACAACUUUACAGAGUCGAUUUUAAGGAACCUCAUUGCUUACGAGCAGUCAUCUUCCUCUUAUAGAACAUGUGGUUAUGUGACAUCAUAUGCCCUUGCCAUGGAUAUGCUUGUCGAUACUGAAGAAGACAUUGCUAAGUUGAUAGAGUCAAAAGUCGUUGUCAACCACUUAGGUUCAAAUGAAAAGGCUGCAGAUAUGAUCAACAGCCUUUGCAAAGAACUUCCCUUCAGAAGGUUCUAUUACUUUGAUGACUGGCGUGAAAUGGAUAGGCACUACAAUAGUUACUGGCCCAAAAACAUUGCGGCUUUGAAGCGUACAUAUUUUAGUAGUCCAUGGAGUAUGAUUGCUCUAGUUGCUGCAAUCGUCCUCUUUGCGCUUACAGUGGUUCAGACCAUCUAUACUGUUAACGCCAUAUAG